AUGGCCAGUCAGGUGGCUAGUCCAUCUGCUUCAUUACAUACCACAUCCUCAUCUACCACACUGUCAACACCAGCCCUUUCACCAUCUUCCCCAUCACAGUUGAGUCCAGACGACUUAGAACUCCUGGCUAAACUGGAAGAACAGAAUAGAUUGUUAGAAACGGAUAGUAAGUCUUUAAGAUCUGUAAAUGGGUCAAGAAGAAACAGUGGCUCUUCUCUUGUGUCGAGUUCUUCAGCCUCUAGCAACCUCAGUCACCUUGAAGAAGAUUCUUGGAUUCUUUGGGGAAGAAUUGUUAAUGAAUGGGAAGAUGUACGCAAAAAGAAGGAAAAGCAAGUUAAGGAACUUGUUCGUAAAGGGAUACCCCAUCACUUUAGAGCAAUAGUUUGGCAACUUUUAUGCAGUGCACAAAGUAUGCCAAUUAAGGAUCAGUAUUCAGAACUCCUGAAAAUGACCUCGCCUUGUGAAAAAUUGAUCCGAAGGGACAUUGCUAGAACUUAUCCUGAACACAACUUUUUUAAGGAAAAAGAUAGCCUUGGACAGGAGGUUUUAUUUAAUGUAAUGAAGGCUUAUUCUUUAGUAGAUCGUGAGGUUGGUUACUGUCAAGGAAGUGCUUUUAUAGUUGGAUUGUUGCUUAUGCAGAUGCCAGAAGAAGAAGCUUUCUGUGUAUUCGUUAAAUUAAUGCAAGAUUAUAGACUUCGUGAACUUUUUAAACCAAGUAUGGCAGAAUUGGGCCUUUGUAUGUACCAAUUUGAAUGUAUGAUACAGGAGCAUCUUCCAGAGCUCUUUGUACAUUUUCAAUCUCAGAGUUUUCAUACCUCAAUGUAUGCAUCAUCCUGGUUUCUGACUAUCUUUCUUACAACUUUUCCACUACCAAUUGCAACAAGGAUAUUUGAUAUCUUUAUGUCUGAGGGUUUAGAAAUAGUGUUUCGUGUAGGAUUAGCACUUCUUCAGAUGAAUCAGGCAGAACUGAUGCAACUUGACAUGGAAGGGAUGUUACAGCACUUUCAAAAGAUCAUUCCACAUCAGUUUGAUGGUGUCCCAGACAAGCUAAUCCAAGCAGCUUACCAAGUCAAAUACAACUCAAAGAAAAUGAAAAAGCUUGAAAAGGAAUACACUACAAUAAAAACGAAAGAAAUGGAAGAGCAAGUUGAAAUUAAAAGGUUACGCACAGAAAAUAGACUUUUAAAACAGCGCAUCGAGACAUUAGAAAAAGAAAGUGCUUCCUUGGCAGAUAGAUUGAUACAGGGACAAGUGACAAGAGCCCAGGAGGCUGAGGAAAACUACCUCAUAAAACGGGAGUUGGCCACCAUCAAACAGCAGAGUGAUGAGGCCAGUGCUAAGCUGGAGCAAGCUGAAAAUACCAUCAGGAAGCUCCAGCACCAACAACAAUGGCAUAAAUGCAGUUCCAACUACAACGAAGAUUUUGUGCUACAGCUAGAGAAGGAAUUGGUCCAAGCCCGACUGAGUGAAGCUGAGUCUCAGUGUGCAUUAAAAGAGAUGCAGGAUAAAGUCUUGGAUAUAGAGAAGAGGAAUAACUCCCUUCCUGAUGAGAAUAAUAUCGCAAGGCUUCAGGAAGAACUCAUUGCUGUGAAACUGAGGGAAGCAGAAGCCAUUAUGGGUUUGAAAGAACUUAGACAGCAAGUCAAGGAUUUAGAGGAACACUGGCAGCGCCACUUAGCUCGUACUACUGGGAAAUGGAAAGACCCACCGAAGAAAAAUGCUAUGAAUGAGUUACAAGAUGAACUGAUGACCAUUCGACUUAGAGAAGCUGAAACACAGGCAGAAAUAAGAGAAAUAAAACAAAAGAUGAUGGAAAUGGAAACACAGAACCAGAUCAAUAGUAACCAUCUUCGAAGAGCAGAACAAGAGGUGGUUAACCUACAGGAGAAAGUGCAGUAUCUUUCUGCACAGAACAAAGGACUCCUUACUCAGUUAAGUGAAGCAAAGCGCAAACAAGCAGAGAUUGAAUGCAAGAAUAAGGAAGAAGUGAUGGCUGUGAGGCUCCGGGAAGCAGAUAGCAUAGCUGCUGUGGCUGAACUACAACAACACAUUGCUGAGCUUGAAAUCCAGAAAGAAGAAGGAAAGCUUCAAGGACAGCUUAACAAGUCUGAUUCUAACCAGUAUAUUAGGGAACUGAAAGAUCAGAUAGCAGAGCUGAAUCAUGAGCUCAGGUGCCUAAAAGGCCAGAGGGGCUUCUCAGGCCAACCUCCUUUUGAUGGAAUCCACAUUGUCAACCAUUUAAUAGGAGAUGAUGAAUCAUUCCAUUCCUCCGAUGAAGAUUUUAUAGAUAAUUCCUUACAGGAAACUGGUGUUGGUUUUCCUUUGCACGGAAAAUCUGGCUCGAUGUCUUUGGAACCCACAGUGGCAGAUGGUAGUGAGAGCGAAACAGAAGACAGUGUGCUGGAGUCCAGAGAGAGCAAUCAAGUGGUUCAAAAGGAGCGGCCCCCGAGAAGAAGAGAGUCGUAUUCAACCACUGUCUGACCAUCACUGUGACCUAGACUAUGGAUUUAUUUAAGGGAUCAGCUAUCAUAUGAUUAGGGAUUUUUGGAAAUAAUUUGUUUCAUAUGUACAUAUAUAUAUACAUAUAUAUAAAUAUUUUACAGUCUUAUCUGCCUUUUUAUCUUUGCCAAAUCUUUACCACUGACUUACCAUUGCCAUAAAGUAGACUGGUAUAUGGUUAAUGUGUAAAACAAAGUUCUAACAGUAUUACUGAAUAUUAAUGUUUCUUGUUUAGAAAAUGCAACUAUAUCUAUAUGGGGGAACCAUUUUGAAGUUCAAAACUAUGGAAAAUUGAGUUUUCUUCAGACAAAACUGCUCUUGUGCAAUAUUUUAUGCUCAGUGAGCAAAUUGUAUAUUUAUGUUUAUCAAUUUGUUCUCAAGGUGGCUGUCUACAGACAUUUGACCAAGACAUACGUCUGAUUUACCUUGUGUUUUGUUUUUUUUAUUGUUGUUUUCUUUUUUUAAGAUAGAGAUCCACUCUGUCACCCAGGCUGGAGUGCUGUGGUGUGAUCUCAGCUCACUGGAACCUCCGCCUCCUGGGUUCAAACAAUUUCCCUGUCUCAGCCUCCCAAGUACCUGGGACUACGGGUGCGCAACACCACGCCUGGCUAAUUUUUUGUAUUUUUAGUACAGACUGGAUUUCACCAUGUUGGCUGGGCUGGUCU